GACAGACGUUUAAACGCUGAUGUGGGAGGGAAGAGUGAAGGGUUAAAUGAGUAUGACGUGUUAUUUAGAUCCAUCGUGUCAGAAGAACUCCACCGCUGCCAGUGCAGCUGCGCGCAGCACUCAGUGCGCAUGCGCGUCAUCCUCAGAUUUCUUAAUAUUUAAUAUCAAUGGCUGCCGCUGAUUUCUAAAGCAUCUCCUAAAAUCACGAAGGAAGCUUUGACACGUUUUCUGAACCUCGAGGUGCACGUCAGUCUCUUGUGUUUUAUUCGACGAGCUUCGAUCAUAAUCGGUCAGAAUUCAUCUGUAGCACCAAAAUGGGACAAAAAUGUCACAUUUAACCCUUUCCGCUCCAGAGUCGACAUUACCGCGAGCUCACCCUCACUUCCUGUUUCAGCAGGAAAUAGACUGCACUCGCACAGCUGUUUCACGGGAUCUUUAUGCCGUGUCUCACUUUCUGUGUCCUGGUGUCUGUCAGCAGAAGAUGAUGCGUCAGGUGUCCAGCAGCGAGUACUGUGUGGACAGCAGGCCGUCGUGUUUAGCCGAGGACGGGAGACUCUCUCCGAGUCACUUUGAUCUGUGUCCCACCAAGUUCUAUCCGUCUCCUCCUCCUCAGCGCUCGCGACCGAUGUGCUUCGCUUACCUGCCGCCUCCGGCCGCCGCCGUCCUCAAACCCACGCCGUGCCAGAGACAGGACCGCCACGAGGAGCCGCCAGUGUCCCCGGGGCCCGCAGCCGCUCAGGGCAGCAACAAGAGUGGGGACUCCAAAAAAAAGGGUGCGUCUGGGAGGUCUGGGAAACGCGGGCGUCCGGCGGGCACCACCAAAUCAGCCGGAUACAGAACCAGCACCGGCAGACCUCUGGGCACCACCAGAGCCGCCGGCUUCAAGACCAGUCCGGGACGGCCGCUGGGCACCACCAAAGCCGCGGGGUAUAAAGUGAGUCCCGGUCGCCCGCCGGGGAGCAUAAAGAGCCAGUCCCGCCUGAGCAAACUGAGCUACAGCGCCUGCAGCGGAGCCGCCUUUCCCUUCAGCAUCACACACAAACCUGGAGCCUGCGGCGCUGCGCUGAAGGAGGAGACCCCCACAGAAACACAAAAAAUGCUGUUACAAGCCCCACAGUUCCUCCUCAGCAGCUUCCCCGUACGAAACCAAAAAACCCCUCCGCCGAUCAGCGUCAUGCCAUCGGAGGCCUUUUCCCCAGCGGCGGUGUGUCUGGACGGCGGUCAGUCGAGAAACAGUCUGACCAUCCACAGCACUCUGCCAACAUACUCCUGAACUCCUGCACGCGUCUGACACACACGUGAUCUCUGUCACACACACACACACACACACACACACACACACACACACACACAUGAUCUCUGUCACACACACACAUGAUCUCU